AUGCAUAGAAAUGCGUGUAAUCACUUUGUGAGAGAAUCAAAUUCGGUAUUGGAGAAAGAUGAUCCCAUCACUCAGGUCAUCAAAGACACUGUUACAAGGGCUGACAAGGAACCAAGAUCGUCUCAGAAUGUCACUCAGCGAGAGAUUAGGGUUCGAAUAGGGGCUCGCUCUUCACUUAUCCAAACCCACCUCCAAUUCAAGGCUUCUCGACCUGGUGAUAUUGAUGAGCGCGAGGUUGUUACUCCUGAUGUCAUGACCAAGUAUUUCAUAGGUGUCACACUAAAGGAAAGAUCUCCAGAUGGUGUUGUGACGUUAGUUGAUGUGGGCUUGAGUAAGAAUGUCGUCGUUGAUCAAGUACUUGAUCCUGGAACAAGAGUUACAGUGGCUAUGGGAGACAGUUGGAAUUUGGAUGCUGAUAUAUCACGGCAGGUUGUAUCAUCAUCCAAGCCAAGGGAAGAAGCAAGGAUGUAUUGGGGGUACAAAGUGCACUAUGCUUCCAAUAUCACUUCGGUAAUGAUUGAAUGUCCAUACGAGGGUGGCUAUGAUAAUUUGAUUGGGACCUCAGAGCAUGGUCAGAUUAUCAAUUCCUCCGAUCUCACUAUACCCACUUUCAGAUGCCUACUGUGUCCGUAA